CCUAGCAUUAGCCAUUAGCCAUCGCGGCUGAAAGCUGAUCAGGACCUUUUCUCCUUCAAAAUUUCUUUGUUUUUGUCACCGUCGCGUUUUUGUGAGAAGGCUGUGAGAUGGUUUUGUUAAAAAGCAAUAACAAUGAGGAACAGGAGUUAAUCCUAAACGAGCCAUGCUGCUCAUCUCUACCCAGCUCUCCUGCAAAACGUGUUUCUCCAGCCAAAAAGAAGCAGUUUUUUAUAAACCAGGCCAUUCGUAACUCUGACCUCACUCCAAGAGCCAAGGGCAAGAAGAGUCUGAGACGACAGGAAAACACUCGUUUUCUGGACAAUCUUUUGGAACGGGACGAGUGCUCUAAAGAGGACGUUGAAGGACACGAAACAGCCUUGCCCACCAUCUUCACUGAAGCCUGCACCAAUGGAAACUAUGUGGAGUACUGGAGUGAUUUUAUGAAUCGUUCUGGGGAGGAGCAAGAGCGACUAUUGGCUCUGCUGGAGGAGGAGGCCCAGAGGAGCCGCUCCGACAAGAACCAUAAAGACCAAAGAGAAGUAAAUCCUGCCUUCAGUGCUCAGGAAUGCUUUCAGAGAAUUGAUCGGCGGCUCCGUGCGACGCUGAGACGCAGACAGAUCCCCAUGGGAGUGUUGGAGGGUCUGGAGUCUGAUCUGCUGGGAUUCUUCGUGGCACAUCCACACUCAAUUUACAUAACCAAACUCAGCAACAGCUAUGAGCGACUGCUGCUUCAUGCUAUCUGCCAGUACAUGGAUCUCACCUCUGCUAGCUCUGACUGUAAUGGUGCUCGACAGACUGAGGUGGUCAACAAACAGGAAGCGUUCCUCCCUCCACAGCCUCUGCUCUCCGCCUACCUGGAGCAGUUGAGCUGAACCGCUGUAAACCAGUACCACUGAUGCUCAUCCAGCCACAACCGGCACCACUGCCCUUGAAAAAUAAUGCUUGACCUUGGCCUGGCCAGUAUAAACUGUGUACAUGACAAUAUGUCAUUGGACCUGGCCUGCAGCCCUUGGCCUUUAGGAGAGAUUGUGCUAACUAGAUUAUCGUACUCGGUGUCACUAUCACUUUGAUUCAGUUUUUAAAUGCAGUUUGGAUGUAUUAGUAGAUGUUACUGUUACUACAGCUGUCUUUAUAAAUGAUUCUUUUUUUUUCCAUGUUGCAGACAGAAUGUUACGUUUACUGUCACGGCAUCCUUGUAUAAUAAUAGAAGCGUAAUUGUAUGACUUCAAGAAGAGGCAGAAAGUUAUUGUUUUUGAUGUUCAUCUUCACUUGAAAAUGAAUUGAAGCGGUUUUAGGAAUUCACGUCCAUCUCUGAUGUUUGCAAAGGCCGCAUAGAGUCGCUUUCAAAAACUCAGGCUCCUACAAAAGGAUAACACCGUAUAAAUCAGCACAUGCUUCACCAAUAAUAUGACGGUUAUGUAGUUAUUGUACAUUCAUACCUGUGUGCACAACUUUUUACAAUUCACAUACAUUUGAUUUGUGAAGACUGCUAAUUUACUUCAGCCAAUCCUGCCUGACAACUGAAGAGUGUUAAGUAGACCUUUUAUAAGCAACACUCUAACUUGAAUUUAAGUAGAAAGCAGUGUCUUGUUUGUUAAUCUGUCAUAAUUAGGUCUCACGUCAUUUUUUUCCAUUAAGGAUCUGCCAACAUGCACUUGCUACUAUGCCUUACACGUAUACGCCAUAUUUGUCAGUUUAGCAUUUUUGUAUUUAUAUCUUGAGCCUUUACAUCAAGGUUAUAUAUGGUUUACAAAAUCUUUUAAUGUUUUGUACCAUCAAGAGUCCUGAGACACUUGAGCAUUUAUUGCAUUGGUGUUUAUAACCAAAGUGUGUGUAUGUGCUGAUUCUCAGGCAUCAUCUGUUGUGAAUGUGGACUUUAAACAAUUUCAUUACUCAUAAAAUCACCUGAAAACCAGGUUUGUUUAAAUCUUUCGAGAGUGUUUUUGAAAUAUUUAUAAUUGUGUUAAAAUAUUUGAGUUAAAUGCUAUUUAUACCAUUAUGGCAGAAUAUGAAUGCAUACAAUAGAGCGCUUAAUUGUGUUUAGUUUUGGUCUGUGGUGAGUAUCUGUAUUUAAGACAAUUAAAAUACCAAAUUUUUAA